AUGGCGAGACUCACAAGCUGGCUUAUCCUCUCAGCAUGGGGAGGAGCAGCCUCCGUAUCGGCUCAAGGCCUUCACGAGUUAGCUGUGAAGUCAGGGAAGCUCUUCUUCGGCACGGCGACGGACACGAACCUCUUCAACGAUGCGGCGUACAUGGCGGUCCUGAACAAGACGGGCGAGUUCGGCCUCGUGGUGCCGGAGAACAGCCAGAAAUGGGACGCGACGGAGAAGACGCAGAAUGAGUUCCAGUUCACGAAUCCGGAUUCCGUGAGGGCCGUCGCGCAGGCGAAUAAGCAGAUGAUGAGAUGUCAUGCGUUGACAUGGCACUCUCAACUUCCACAAUUCGUCUCAACGGGCACCUGGACCCCAGAAAACCUCACCCCCGUAAUCCAAGCACACAUCUCCAACGUGGUAACGCACUACAAAGGCGCCUGCUACUCAUGGGACGUCGUCAACGAAGCCCUCGCCGACAACGGCACUCUCCGCGACAGCGUCUUCUCCCGCACGCUCGGCGCAGACUUCAUCCCCAUCUCCUUCAAGGCCGCCGCGGCAGCCGACCCGGCCGCGAAGCUGUACUACAACGACUUCAGCCUCGAGUUCAACUCCAACAAGACGGACGGCGCCGUCAAGAUCGUGCAGGAUCUCAAAGCCGCAAACGUGAAGAUCGACGGCAUCGGGUUCCAGUCGCAUUUUCAAGUCGGCAAGACGCCGUCGCAGGAUACGCUGAACAAAGUCAUGACGCGCUUCACGGAUCUGGGGCUGGAGGUUGCGCUUACGGAGUUGGAUGUACGGCAUGAUAAGUUGCCUGCCGAUGAUGCCGCGAUACAGCAGCAGGCCAAAGACUACGGCACCGUCGUCAAGACGUGCGUGGACAACGCAAAGUGCGUCGGCAUCGUGGUAUGGGAGUUUACGGAUAAGUACAGCUGGAUCCCGUCCACGUUUUCGGGGGCCGGGGACGCGUGCUUGUUCGAUAAGGAUAUGAAGCCCAAGCCAGCGUAUACGGCUGUUGCGGCGGCGUUGGGAGGGCCAGCAGUAGCAGCAGCUCCGGUGGCAGCACCGGCGCCGGCGGCUGGGGCGCAGGACGCGGAAGUGGUGCUGUCGUCGGGAAGCAGUGCAUCUGGUGCCGGGGCCGGGAUUGGGGCCACCGAUGCCGAUGCCGGGACCGAAUCCGAGGCCGAUGCCGACAGCGGAGCGGGGGCAUCCUCAAAAUCAAAGGCGAAGAGCAAUGUGGAGGCAGCGACCAAGUCACCUUCCUCUUCGGGAACACCUCGCUUUGAAGCGGUGCUGCUGAUUUCACCGCUGGUAGCCACCGGUAUCGGCUGGCUCUUUUGCCCGGUGCGCGGGUGGUCAUCCAAAUACUGUGGACUGGAAAUCACAGUGGGAAGCAGAUUUCUGAAUAGCUUCACUAUGGUGUACCUCAAGACACUAGUCGCCGCCGCCGCCGGCGCAGGCCUGGCCCAAGCUUCUCUCUCUGGCCUCGACAAGAUCCCUCCUCUGGGCCUGGGAACAUGGCUGUCCGACAAGAGCAAGGUCGCCGACGCCGUUGCCUUUGCCGUGGGCGAGGUAGGCUACAACCAUAUUGACGCCGCUCUCAUCUACCGAAACGAAGACCAAACCGGCAAAGGCCUCGCCUCCUCCGGCGUUGCCCGCAAAGAUGUCUGGGUCACCUCCAAGCUCUGGAACACCGACCACCGCGCCGACCGCGCCGCAGCCGCCAUCAAGAAGUCCAUCUCGGACCUGGGCGUAGACUACCUCGACCUCUAUCUGAUCCACUGGCCCGUCGCCUUCAUCCCCGACGACCCCAACAACGCCCUCGACCGCGAAACCACGCUCGUCGACACCUGGAAGACCCUCGAAGGCUUCGUCAAAGCAAACUUAACCCGCCACAUUGGCCUCUCCAACUUUGCCAAGGCCGACGUCGAGACAAUCUUGAAGGCGGCGGAGAUCAAGCCCUACGCCCACGAGUUCGAAACCCACCCGUACCUCCAACAACAAGAGUUCGUAGACUGGCACAAGGAAAAGGGCAUCGAGGUCAUCGCCUACUCCCCGCUCGCCAACACGAACCCGACGUACAGCGACGAUCUGCCCGCCAUCUACCAGGACAAGUUCUGGGUCGACGUCGCCGCCAAGAAGGGCGUUUCCGUCUUCCAGGCCGUGCUGGCGUGGGGUAUCCAACGGGGCACGAGCGUGAUUCCCAAGAGCACAAAGGACUCGCACAUCAUCUCGAACCGCAAGGCGCUCGAGAUCGAGUUCACCGAGGAGGAGUUGAAGGAGAUUGCUAAGCAGGAUAAGAAGCACCGCUUGAGUAACCCGGGUGCCAAGUGGGGUGUCAAGCUAUUUGCUGAUUUGGAUGAUCCUGGCAGAAACGAGCCCACGAGCGAGGAGCUUUAA